AAGACUACACUUACGAAAUAGUGAAAUACCCGUCUCUACACUAGGCUUUCUGGUCUAGGGUUUUAGAGCUCAGCGAUUUCACGUAGAGACACUCGUUUCCGUUCUCGUUCUGAUCGCUCCCGAUCUUUCAGAACCCUUGAGAUUCUGUGUUCUACAAGGUUUCACUGGGUAGCAACAAUGUCUCGGAUUUACGUUGGGAAUUUGGAUCCCCGAGUGACUGAGAGGGAACUUGAAGAUGAAUUUCGAAUGUUCGGCGUACUUCGGAGUGUCUGGGUUGCUCGAAGACCACCAGGAUAUGCAUUUGUUGAGUUUGAUGAUCGCAGGGAUGCUCUUGAUGCAGUUCAAUCAUUGGAUGGGAAAAAUGGUUGGCGCGUGGAGCUUUCUCAUAAUUCGAAGGGCGGUGGAGGCCGUGGUGGUGGUGGUGGUGGACGUGGGCGCGGUGGGGGUGAGGACUUGAAAUGUUAUGAAUGUGGUGAACCUGGUCAUUUUGCUCGAGAAUGUCGCUUGCGCGUAGGCUCACGUGGCUUGGGAAGUGGACGGCGUCGGAGCCCUAGCCCUCUUCGACGCCGGAGUAGUCCAAGCUAUGGCUAUGGGCGCAGUCCCCGUGGGCGAAGAUCGCCGCGACGCCACAGCAUAACGCCUCCUCGACGUGUUCGCAGCUAUAGCAGGUCCCCUCCAUAUCGCCGUGCUCGCCAUGAUUCACCAUAUGCUAAUGGUGAUUAAGGAUAGGUGGUAUGUGAACUGAAGCGAAUACUGAAAUGACCUGAAAGUGCCAGUGAUGCUUUACUAUAGUUCUUAUAGAUUUGCUUGAACGGACAAGAAUCAUGUUAGUUUGUUCAUGUCGUGACAAUGGGUAUUGUUAGAAACUUGGGUAUGGAUAGCGUCUACAAAGUGUUUAAGCCACCAAAAGGGGUGCUUUGGACACCAUUUUGCGUCGGCUCUCUCUUCAGCUUACUGAAACUUGGAGGUCGCUUUCCUACUUUAAAUUGCUACGUUAUUACUGUCUAUAUAUUUUUAUCUUAACUAACUUUGGUAACUUA